AUGCCACCCAAAGGAAGUCGCGGCGGUCGCGGAGCGUCAUCAGCUGGCACCGGUGGCCGAAAAAAGAAGGCAGAUGCUCUUUACGAUAUGGCUGAACCUUUUGUUCGUGGUACAAUAUUAACUGAUUUAUGUCAACAUCCGUGGAUAAUGGGUGAUGCGAUUGGUCAAGGUGGUUUUGGUUGUAUAUAUGAAUGUGCAAGUCAACGAACAAAAUCAAAUGAUUAUUGUUAUGUUGUUAAAGUUGAACCCGAUUCGAAUGGUCCAUUAUUUUGUGAAAUGCAUUUUUAUUUACAAUUAGGCAAAAAAACAUUACAAGAUACUUAUGUUAGAGCGAAUCGUUUAGAUCAUCUUGGAGUACCACAAUUAAUUUCACAUGGAAUGUAUGUAAGUCCACUAACUCAACGUCGUUAUCGUUUUUUAAUUAUUCAACGUUUUCAUCAAACAUUAUCACAAGAAUGGGAAUUGAAUAAUAAACAAUUAUCAGAAAAACGUGUACAAAUUGUAUGUAAACAAUUAUUGGAUGUUUUAGAAUAUAUUCAUUCACAUAGCUAUGUACAUGCUGAUAUUAAAGCGGAAAAUAUUCUCAUGAAUAAACAAUCGACAAAUUUUAUUUAUUUAAUUGAUUAUGGACUUAGUCGUAAAGUAACAUUGACAUAUGAAGAAAAACCACAACGGCGACAUGAAGGAACAUUAGAAUACACCUCGAUCGAUGUUCAUCGUGGUGCACAUCCAACAUUUAGAGGUGAUAUUGAGAUAUUAUUUUAUAAUAUGUUGCAUUGGUUGGGAGCAAAAUUACCGUGGUUAAAUAUUCAAGAUGGUAAUCGUGUACAACAAGCUAAAAUUCAAGCUCGAUCUGAUCCAAGUGGUUUUGUUAGUACUUUAUUUGAUCAAACAAAUAUGAAUAAGAGUAAUACUAAUCGUCAACAACAACAGAAAGUAACAUCAAAAUUUAUUGAAAUUCUCAUACAAUUUUAUCGUGAAUUAAUACAAAUGGAAUAUACGGAUAAAGCGAAUUAUAAUCGUUUCAGAGAAAUAAUUAGUGGUAAUUAUCGUCGAAGGAGUCUAUCAGCUAGUGAACGAUUAACACCAUCGAAAAAAUCUCAGUUAACAACUGUAAAUGAUGAUGAUGAUGAUGAUGAAGAGGAGGAAGAAGAGGAUGUGUCACCUGUUCAAUACUCAAGCAAAAAAAAACAUAUGCCAAGAUUACUUACUAGUCCAUCACCGACAAUAAAAAAACGAAUGAAAACAAACGCAUCGGGAAUACCAAUCUCAUCAAAUCCGACGCGAACAACACCUCGUGCACGAAGUUCAUCACGAGAAAAAAGAUCAUCAUAUUCAAAUCGACAACGUUCGCCAUCACCGGUUAUAAUAUCGUCACGGACACCUGUAUUGGACAAAGUAGCAAAAGGAUCGGGCAUCUCUCGAUUACAACAACGACAAAAACCAUUAUUUCUCGAUGACGAGAACGAUGAAGAUGACGAUAUUGACUUGUUGACAGUAAUGAAUCCAAAACUAUCUUCAACUCGCAUCGAACGUCCAAUGAAUCAAAAACGUCUAUUACAAAAGUCUACACCAUCCGCAACUUCUAUUCGUAACAUAGCUGAUAAUGAAUCAUCACCCUCGAUAACAAAACCAAUCCGAGAUAUAAAACCGUUAAUAAAACCAUUGCAAAUGAAUCGUCCAAAUAUAAACGAUCGUACAUAUGUACUAGAUAAAGAAGAGAUGGCUGUACGUUCAAACUUACAAAAUGGACAACGAUUAAUUCGUCCAAAUAUUCAAACAGUGACAACCAAUAGCCCUGGUAAAUAUUCAGAUAUCGUUGAAAAAGUGCUUGCUGGUGUCCCAUUAGAACCAGAAGAUUAUAAAAAAGUUAUUCGACCAAGAAAUAAAUAA